GAAAGCCAUGGAUGUCCCGAGAGUUUCCUUCGUCCCCUGCGAAGAAGGCAUUCUAAAAGCAGAAGUUCAGCUACGGGUGACCCCGUUAGAGAUGAAGUUCCUUGACGCCCUGGCCGGGAAAGUGUACCGCCUCCCGAUUACUAUACACAAUCUUGGUCGCUGGAACAAGAAAAUUCGGUUUUUGGAGCCAACCAAGCCACAGUUCAAAUUGAUGUUGGCCGAUCUGGAUAAAGAACUUGCAUCUGGUCUUCAGAUGACAGCUAUGGUGGAAUAUCAUCCUGAUAAAGAUGAAGAUACUUUUGAUCAACUAUUCAUUUUAGUGGGAAAUAAAGCAAUAAUUGUCCCGCUAAUUGGGUUGAUUCCGUGUUGUGCAUUGGAAAUUGAGUCAGUAGUUGAUUUUGGCAUAUUAGUUUCGAAUAGUAAAGUACAUUCUAAAGAGAUUAAUAUUAAAAACCAUGGCACACUUCCAGGUAUGUUUAAUGUGGAAUACCAGGGCCAGUUGCCUAUUAACAUUUCUCCAGCCUGUUUUGCUGUGAGUCCUCAGUCUUCUAUGAUGAUUAAAGUAGAUUUCUGUGCAGAUCAAUCUAGACUUGUAAAUGAAAUGGUAAGAGUGAGGUUGGAAGGUCGUCCUGACACAAACUUGAAUAUUAAAGCUCAUGUAGUUGACCAGAUUAUUGAAUUGUUAAACUUGAAUGAUGAGAGAAAAUUGGAAUGCAUACACUUUGGCUCUGUUUUUUUUGGAACAUCAAAAAUUGAACAUGCACUUCUAUAUAAUAAUAGCCCAGAACCUAUAAGUUGGGUUGCAAUAAUGCAAAAUGAUUGUGUUGGAGAAGAGUUGGGCUCAAAUAUUCAACAAAGAACAGAUUUUGCUUUAAAUAAUCUCUCCUUUCUAGACAAAAUAAAAACUAUAGAUAUUACCACUAUUUUCUCUUGUGCUCCUAAUGAAGGAGUUUUACUACCUUAUGAAAAGAUUAUAAUUGCAGUUUGUUUCAGCCCAAAACUAAUAGCUGAUAGUAAAAUGGAUGGUGACCCUUCACACAGGCAAGAUUAUGCUGUCUUCUUGAGAUUUGAGACUGUGGGAAGUAAAGAUGGAGUGUUGAGGCAUGAUACCACUGAAACUGUCAAAAGUGAUCAGUUUCAGAAUGUUGAAUUAGCAAUGACAGGCUCAGGAUUUCCUGUCUUACUGCAUUUUGAUCCAGACAAAUUCUUCAAAUUUUUACCUUGUUGCAUGGGUGAACAUUCAGACAUUGUUUGCAUGGUACAAAAUCAAUCUCAAUUUCUUCCUGUGACAUAUCGUUUCCCAAAAAUUGCACAUUUUAAAGUUGAACCUAUUAGGGGAAAGAUCAAUGAAGGCUGUAUCCAGCCUAUGACAUUUUCAUUUGUCCCACAUCAAAUUGGAACCUUUAAAAUGAAACAGGCAAUACAAGUUAUUGGUCCAGUGGCAGACAAAAAUUUGCAGUCUACAUCAAUGAAACCAUUUUAUCACAUAAAUUUAACUUUCAAAAGCACCUGUAAAGGUUGCACAGAAAAAGUUGUGAUGAAAGUCAAUCCUGGUAUAUCCCCUUUAAUCAGUAAUCCCACGGGACUGUUUGUUGCUAAAGACUUGAAAAAAUAUAAGAAUUAUGCACCUGUAGCAAUGCUUCGAUCAACAAGGACACACCUUCAUGAUCAGAAGUCAAAUACAAAGUCAAUGAAAGGUGCACUGAUGGCUUUUCCUAAUGACCGAGCUGCAAGUAUCAGGCCAGCAGGAUGUUAUGAACAGUUCAGGACGAUUUUCACAAAGAUUCCAAGAUAUACUUAUAUAGAUCCUGAUUUUGAAUAUAAUGAAAUUGAAAAAAUCGAGAGGAGGGUAAAUCGAUACUACUAUACAAAUCAUAUCAAUUAUUUAAGACGUAUGCGCCUGCAGAAAGAAGAGGCGAGGAGGAAAAUCGUAUAUUCAGAUAAUGCGAUAGAGGUAAACAUGCAGCCAGCAUCAGGUCUGAAGUCACCCGUACUUUCUCAAAAGGAAAUACAAGAAGAGUGCUCUACCAAAGAAUGUCCAAUCAAAAGUAAUCGAUUGUUAUCUACCAGGGAAAUGGCAUCCAAUGAGAAAGUCUCCCUGGAAAGAAAGGUUCUCAAAAGACUAAAAUCAAAACCAACCACUCCUCAAGAAAAACAUGAUUGCAGCAUAAUUUUGACACCAAAGCAGAUUCAUCAAGUAAUUGUUGGACCCCCUGUCCUUAACUUUGGUAAUAUUUGUGUGAAUUCCACAAAUACUCAUUCACUGCAUCUUAUUAAUAUGCUCUCUGUGCAUAUUUUGAUUAAAUUAGAUAUCAAUUUUAAAGAACUUCAGAAUACUAAAAUAUUUUCGUAUGUGAUUCCACCUACAUCCAGUAGUCAUGUUCCAAUAAUACUUCAAACUUUUAUCAUUGGAAAAAUUUGGAGAUCUUUUGCCUUUACUGUAAACAACAUACCUGCUGGGCAUAUUUUAGUGACUGCAGAAGUCCUUCCUUUAAAACUUGAGCUAUCUUCAGAUGAGAUAGUGUUGAAACCACGAGGUUUCUUGUUGGAAACAUACUUCCGCGGGACAAUUAGGUUAUAUAAUCAUCAGAACAAGUCUGCCCAAUUUGGAUGGCAGCCAGUGAACUCACUACAAGGGAUAGCGUUUUCAAUUCGUCCAGCUAAAGGUAUUAUUGAACCAUAUUCAUCAUUGGAAUGUGAAGUAACAUGGCACCCAGGUUUCACUUCUCCAGAAAGAGGCAUAUUCAUUCUUCAUGUUAUUGAUGGAACCACCUUAAUACUACAGUGUAUUACAAAUGUUCAUGAUGCCAAAGUCACAUUUUUGGAGCCAAGGAUAUUGUUCAAUAAUAGUCCUCAAGGUUUAGCAACUUGGAAGAAAGCCAUUCUUCAUAAUAUAGGACAAAACCAUGCAUUUUUCAAGGUUUGUGAAGACAGUCUUUUGCCUACCAUUAAUAUUGUUCCAUCACAAGGAAUAGUUCCAUUUGGGGGAAUAACUGUUCUUCAUGUUUCUUGUACACCUACUGUUGCAGAAAAAUUUGAUACAAAAGCAAAGGUUGCUAUUCACUGUGGAAAUAUUUUAGACCUAAGGAUUGGUGGAUUUAGUGAGAUGGCUGAUGUUGAAAUCACACCGAGUGUAUUUAAUUUCAGUGGCACCUUUAUUGACUCUACCCAGAUUAUUCCAUUCAUGAUAAAAAACAGAGGUGCAGCGCGUGCCACAGUGGAGUUUUACCUUAAUGACUUUUCCGAGUUUUCGAUGAUUUUCAAGGUUAAAUCAGGACAGCUCACAAAUCCUGAUGCACCUCGUAAAUAUUUUUUGGAGUUAGAAGAAAACUCAGUUCUAGAAGGUGGUGUCAUAUUUUCUCCCAAAAUAGUAAGAGCAUAUGAAUUCAACAUUCAAGUUUAUAUUAAUUCCUUCAGAUCUUCAGAAAUCUAUACUGAGUAUAUAUCCAUGAAAAAGCCUUUGGUGCCAAAGAUGGUUCCACUUAUCCAGCCUUGUUUUGUUCAAGCUACUGUGUUACACGCGCCAUUGAGAUUGUCCAAGACUACAUUUGUAUUUAAUGUUCCUUUAUUUGAAUUGCAAGAAAAUGAUACGAUCAUAAAAUUUGAGGAUCUUACAAUAGAAAACAUUUCAGAACGGAGCAUCUGGUGGAUUUUUGAUCUUACUAGUACUGCCACACUUUUUAGAAAAGGCAUAUUCAAGGUUAACAGAUGGAUUGGGAAAUUGUUCCCACGUGAAAAGUGUACUAUUACCAUUAGAUUCUGUCCAAGAAAGCCUGAAAAAUACACAGUUAAUAUUCCCAUGUAUUUAAGGAAUUGUCCAGUUUGCUUCAGAGUGUUAUGUUUGAUUGGAGAGGUAAAAUCACCAAAGAUGUCAUUUGAUCCACCAUUUAUAUUUUUCACUCCUGUUCCUUUGGAUGUUUCAACUGGAAUGCGUGUUAAAAUUUUACCCCAAAAUUAUUACAGAAAUUCAACUGUAACUUUCCAGAUUCUCAAAGUAAAGCUUCUUAAUGAUAAUGAAGAAAUUCACCCACUUACAGUGAGCUUCAUAAAAGACCAAAUCAUCAUAGGCUCUAAUACUGGCACUAAUAAUGAACUCAUUUUCCAUGUCUGCUUCAAAUCAUCUAAACCUGUGUCAUUUUUCAGCAAUCUUCAUUUCUCUGAUGACAGUGGUAACUGCUUUUCCCUCCCAGUUAUUGCAACAGCUGAAAACUGCAUUCUUACUGUUUAUCCAUAUUUGGCAGCAUAUCACAAUAAGCAAAAUAUUAUCUUAAAAGAUGAUAAAAAUCAAAGCACUAUGAAGAGUCGAGGCAGUUUUUUACUUCCCAACCCGGAUUCUACAUUAUUCAUGCCUGCUUCAGUAAAACUAGCACCUAUUGCUGCUAACUUACACAGCGCACAAUCAAAAAGAGAAAGCUUGUAUGUUGGAAUGGAAAAAUUACCUGAACAUUCGAAACUGAAUAGAAAUAGAAAACCAAGUAAAGCGGAUGAUGGGACUUUGGAAAAUGAAAAGAUUGCUCAAUUCUAUUUUCCUAAAGAAGGAUCAAUGGAAUAUAACUUCUAUCAGAAGGUUGUAUGUGCAGCUCAGACAUGGUUCAGUCUCUUUGGCUGGUCUGAAGGACCUCAUUUACUUUCCAUUCCAGAGUCUAUCAGAAGAGAUGUGCAAAAAAUACAGUUUUACUCAGCCUCAUCACCUGAGAAGUUUUCCAGGCAGAAUGAUUUUACUAAAUAUAAUAAGACCAUUUAUGAUGUAGUGCUCCACUUGAGUGGUGCACUGCCACUUGGAAUUAGUUCAAGUCAGUCUUUACCUGCGGAUGACACUGAAAGGGUGAUUCAGCUGCAUUUUCAAUAUUGUUCACUUCUGGAUUUUCUCAAUACUAAAGGAGGAUGUAUUUCUCAUAUAAUGCCAGAAUUUCUGCUUGAACUACGGGAUUAUAAGAAAUGGCUUGAAAUUUCAUCCUCCAAUAAUACUGCAUAUAUGGGUUCAUCUAUACCUAAGGGAAAAUGUCCUUUUAUUAUUGAUAUGAACAAAUUUGAAGCCUGGAGUAAACGGGCAUGGACAGAUAUAUUCCUUCAGAUUUACAAGGUUCUGGUUUUAUCCCGGGUUACACCACGGUUCUCCAAUGCUGCUCCUCCAAUCAAUGUGCAAAAUACACAAAAAAUCAGUCCUUGUUUUACAUCCAGCAACAUAUAUUCAGAUUCUGAAAGGAUUCUUCUUAGUUGGCUGAAUACAAAUUAUGAAAAUACUCGACAAACUAUAUGGGGAAAUUGUGAGCAAGGUACCAUUCCGUCUGAGAGAUGGAUAGUAAAUUUUGACAAAGACCUUUUAGAUGGCCUUGUAUUUGCAACACAGUUAGCAUCUUAUUGCCCAUUUUUGAUUGAGUCACAUUUUGUAAAUAUGUAUACACAACCAAAACGUCCUGAACAAUAUCUCCACAACUGCUUGAUUAUUAUAAAUAGUUUUUCUGAAAUUGGCCUUGACAUGGGUGUACAGGCCAUUGAUAUCUGUGAUCCAAAUCCAAUCCUAAUGCUCAUGCUGUGUGUCUACCUGUAUGAAAUGCUCCCUACAUUUCUCCCCAAGAAAGUGGUGCCAUUUUACUGUACUCUAUAUGACUCUGUGCUAAGGGAGAUACUACUGAAAAAUUCAAGCUUACAAAGCAUAGUGUAUCAGGCUACAAUUGUUGGGAGAGAUGCUAUUGACUUCUCUUUGGCUCAGAAAGGAAAUGUUGUAACAGUUCCUCCACAAAGUGAAGUUAAUGUCACUGUGAAAUUUACCAGUCGCUUUCUUCGUCCUGCUGAAGCGUCAUUGCUAUUAAUUUCAAAACCCAAGCAUGGAGUGAAAGACAUUAUAGUAUCUUUUGCCCUUAAAGGGGAAGUCCUCAACAUUAAAGCCAUUGAAAUUGUUAAAUGUGAAUCUCCAUGUUAUCAAUGGAAACAAGUCAUUGUGCCUUUGAGAAACCCCUUCCAAACUGGUGGAAAGUUUAAUGUCCUUUUGGUGGAAUCUACAACAUUUAUCCAUUUGCCAUCACAAGUAACUGGACAUAAUCAACAUUUGUGUGAUGAAAAUGUAAGUAGCAGUGUAUGUGAUGCUUCCCAAGGCUGUUCCCAUGUUAGAGAUAGCAUAACAAAAUCAAUUAAAGCCAGUUUCUUUAGAGAGUUCUUCUGCUCCGUGCAUAGUCUUUCCCUAAAAGGAAAUGGAUAUUCAAGCCUAGAGAUCUACUAUCUUCCCUUUGGUGUCCACACACGCUACUGUGCCAUCAUUUUGAGCAACCAGCAGAUCGGGGAAUUAAUAUACAUUCUUCAAGGAAAUGGUUUGAUCCCCUUGCCUUCCAAUUUCGUUUCGACAGACCCUUCAAAUCCAAUUGACUUCAACAGUUCAUUGGAAGACGAAAAUAUUAAGGAUGAUCCGGUUUUGUAUUUCAAAUGCGAACUCCAUGAAACCUUAGAUGUGAACCUUAAGGUGCCAUUGACUAAUGAAGCCAAGGAAAAGGCUUUGGCUUUUGCAGCACAACGGGAAAUGUCUACUAUUGAAUAUGAGCGAAGGAUGAUUACAGGCACUCUGGAGAGCAGUAGCGUCCGUGUGGCUGUUGCCCUUCUAGGGCUAACCAAGAUUGAGGCUCUUUUGCUGUUUCAUAUGUCAAAAUUGAAAAAGCCUAAGUUCAUUUUAUUUACAACAGAACUGAGCCUUCCAGACCAUUUUGUUAUCCCAGCUAAUAUCUACAUGUGUCAGAUUCCAAAAACUCGUGAACAAUCAACCACAUCUCAAGGAAUUAAUACCUCAGGUGUUCUGAACAAAGAAUUACACAAUGCACCUGAAAAGGGAGAGCGCAGCAGCUGGGGUUCAAUCCCUGUUCCAUUGAAAUUUUUUCCACUUAGUCCUGGACGCUACCCUUGUAAAAUUUUGUUGAAAUCAAGCUAUGAUGUGCGUGUCUAUUGUGUUGAAGGUGUGGUAAAUCGAGGAGUACCAGAGCUAACAUUUGAAUUUGAGACACCAGCAUUUGAACCUAGUAUCCAGAAAAUUCCAUUUAAUAAUGAAACAGACAAAGAUUGGAAAUGUGAAGUUAAAAUAGAAGGCAAAUGGUUUUAUGGACCUCCUAUCUUAUAUAUAAGACCUGGAAAAACUGAGGAAUAUCCUCUCACAUUUAAACCUCUGUCAGAGUGUGAAAUUUUGGGUAAACUUAUUUUGAGAAAUGAAGUGGAUGGUAUGGAGCGUAUCAUCAACAUAAAAGGGAUUGGAAAAAGCCCCCUGGCUUUUGGAACUGUCAUUGUGGAUUGCAUGGUGGGGGAUGUGACAAGUAAAUCCAUAAUGGUUCCUAAUUAUUCAAUGGAUGUUUUAACAUUUAAGGUAUCUUCAGACCUUCCAAUAGUGUCGGGUGAUCCAUAUAUCACAAUAGAACCAGAUAGUUCAGUUUCAUAUGUUAUAAAUGUGAGCCCUUUGAAACGUGGAGUACUCAAAGAAGAGAUUUAUGAGGAAUGUAAAUUCCUUCAUAAACUAUCAAUUAUGUCAGAAACAUCCUCCAUUUUUAGUUCAGAAGACCAAGAUGAAGAUUUUAAAAAUUUAAAAAUGUGGUGUCAUCUUGAGAUAAACACCUCUCCUGGACCACCGCUAAAUGUUAUUGAAAUUGAUUGUAUUGCUCUGGAGACAAGUUGUAUUGAAAUACCUAUCUCUAAUCCAAUAAAUGCAAUUGUUCACAUAAAUGUGCUAUUAUCAAAUCCUACCCUGUCUGGACCUGAAGUACUUACACUGAAACCCCUGGAAAGUACGAACUAUGUUGUGUGGUAUUCUUCAGCAACUUUAGGCUAUAAAGAAGAAAGCAUUAUUUUUCAGCCUGAAAUGGGUGAAGAGUUUUGGUGUUCAUUGAAAUUAAAUACUGAACUUCCACAAAGAAGGGAUAUGCCAGAAAUAUACUGCGACCUUGGAAAGCAUGCCACUCAGACUAUUCCCUUAUAUAAUCCUACACAUGAAACUUUAGAAUUGCAAGUAAGAAACAGUAAUCCUGAAAAUUUUGUCCUGGAAAUAAAUGAAAUAUCACAACUAAUUAUAGAUCCUCACUCUACCAAAGAGGUGACUGUUUACUUUUACCCUUCUGCACUUGGAAGAGCUGGUCAUGAAACAUGUAUCAACUUCUACUGUGCUCAGUUUCAAGAAUGGAAAUUCUACCUUUAUGGAGUAGGACUAUAUCCCCAGCCUGCAGACACAGCAGAAAUGACUGCACAACUUGAUGUUCAGUCGUCCCUCACUAUACCUUUCAAAAAUCCCACUAAGGAAGCUGUUUCUAUCAACAUAUUUCUAGCAAGUGAAGAAGAACCUAAACACCUUCCCAUUGACCAUUGUUGGGAUAGCUUCAUGUAUACGAAUUCUGCUUUCCAACUACUUUCUCUGAGUCAGAAGCAAGGAAUUGUGUUGCCUCCUGAUGGAAAUAUAGAUAUCUCAGUGCAAUUUAAACCCCAAAAUAUGAUAUUAUAUAAAACAAUACUCAUUGUUCAAAUGAUGAAAGAAAAUGGAAAAAAUUGGUCUAUUGACAAUAUUGAUGAAUUAGACAUAGAGUUCAAAAGAAUUAUGCAAAUAGACAAAGACGAAGUCCAAGGAGUACAGUGGAUAUACCCUAUUAUUGGACUCCCACAGGCACCACCCCCUAAAAAACCUCCAACCAUCAUAAAAUGUAUGUGUAAAAAGUUGGUUGAAAUGGCAAUGGAUGUCACACUGAAUGGUAAUUUUUUUAAACGAGAUUCUAUACCAGGAACAACAUACUUUACAGUGAUUCCAAAAAGACGUUCAUAUAAUAAUGCUUAUGAAGAUUACACUGCUUUGUUCAGGGCUAAUGCCGCACUGAAAAUACAAAGUCUAAUAGAUGGAAUCUGGAAGUUUCCCCUGACCUUGAUAGCUACUGAUCCUGAAGUGGAGAAAAUCAUUAACAUACAAGCAGUUGGUUUACAAAAGGAAUCUAUUACAGACUUUAAGUUGACAAGUUCGACAAGAUACCCUCAAAAAUUCACUGCCUACUUCCUACCUGGAAGUGAUCCAGAGAUUUUUGUAAAGCCUGAGGCUGGAGACCUUCCUCCUUCUCACAGUAAAGGAAUUCUCAUCACUGUGGGAUUUAAACCGAAAAUGUACAGUAAGAAGUACAAAGCAACACUAGUAAUAGAGACAGAUGAUAUGUACUUGUUGUAUGAAGUUAAUGGGUUGCCACCAGAACCCUUAUCACUGACGAAUGUAAAACCAAAAGUUAAUACCACUAACAAGAUGUAUCACAACAUGAUCAUUCAUCACCGCAAUUUCAUCCGUGAAAAUGCUGAGCUCAAAAUAACAGGGGUGUCUUCUACAAUUAAGGGUGCUCCUUUGGUGAUGAAGAGAAAAUAA